AUGUCGUCUCAUGAUAAGUUUAUUUUAUAUUGGCUUGACGAGUCUCGAGCACACAGGAUCUUGUGGCUUCUCGAGCUACUCGAGCUCGACUACGACGUUGAUGUCUACCUACGCCACCCAGAGACAUGGAGAGGGCCCCCUGAAUUGUUUCAUGUGCACCCAUUGGGUAAAGCGCCGAUUCUUGAGAUUAAGUUUGCUGAUGGCAGACCAGACCUUCAAUUGGCUGAGUCGGGCUUGAUUAUACAAUAUCUUUUGAAGCACUAUGACCCUCAUCGCAAGUUCCUGCCGAAAGGAGAGAGAGAACAGAUCAAAAUGGAUUACUACCUUCAUUACGCCGAGGGCACGCUUGAAGCCAUAUUGAUGUCGAUGUUAAUCAACUCCACUGCCAAGCGUGUGGCUCCAUUCGGCAUGAGAACGCUUGCGAAAGUAUACUCUAGGGGAGUCAACAACGGUUACUACAUUCACGAAUACCAUCUUAAUUUGCGUUACUUAGAGAAUCAGCUCCGCAAUGAAGGUACAGGUUACUUUGUUGGCGGCAAGUUGACCGGCGCAGAUAUAAUUUUGAGUUUCCCCAUCUAUGAGAACUUGUUUGAUAACGAGGCCGGUGUCAAGGAAUGUGCGGACGAGACUGACCUCUUCAAGAAAUACCCCAAUCUAGCCGCCUGGUGUGACAAGAUCAAAAAUAACCCAGCCUACAUGCGUAUAACUGAGAUGAUGAGGAACAAGGUUGACGAGAUGUAUGCCAUGAAGAAGAAGAGAAAGUGA